AUGCCUGGAUCUAUCAAGUCUCUUAAGCGUCGGCCUACAGCCAAGUCAGCUGCCAAGCGCAUCGGCCGAAUGUUCAAGCGCACAAACAGCGAUGACCCCGAGGCAACUUCACCUGCAGACUCGGGCUUCUCCAAGGACUCGUUUGAUAGUUCUCGAGUUUCGACAUCGUCUCGAUUCUCUACAUCCUCACGUAUGACUACAAAGGAAAAUGUCGAGCAGCCUCGCCCUUCUGUAUCUCGGUAUGACACUGCACCACCGAAAGAACGCGAAGCGGUACCCCCUCACCCGUUCUUCUCGUCCAACUCAGAGCCGCUUCUUGAGCAUGAGAAGCCUGUUGGGCCUGGCGUGCCAGCUGAAACUGAGAAAGUGAUUGAACCUGGAACUUUGCCGUCACCUGUAGACAAAGAGUCCAAGGAUAAACCCAAGAUGUUGGCUGAGCAGAAGCCAGAGCCUGUCGAGACACCCAAGAAUUUUGAAAAGACAGAAGAGCUACCCCAGCCAGUCUCUGCACACAAGCCAGUACCGCGUCCUUUGCCUGAGCCCCCGACAAAGAAGAAUGUACUUCCUGAACCCGAAUCGCCAAUUCUCCCAAGAAAAUUCAGAGAGGAGUCUAAGGUCACCCCUCAACCGAUGACCAAAUUCGAAGACAAGAUAACACAGAAGCUUGAGUCAAAGGUAGAAUCCAAGCCGAUAGCUGAGCCGGUCAAAAAGACCAUAGUUCCCCCCCCGACUGUGGAAGACGAGCCAGAGCCUGUCGUCAUGCCCGCCAAGGAACAAGCAAGACCCAAGCUGAAAGCUGAAGUCAAACACAACCCUCCUAAAGUUGAUUAUCAAACAGUGUCUAAGGCUCAGCAUAAGGAUGUCCAGCCAAAGGUCGAGCCCAAGGUCCAAACAAAGACUCAGACUCACAAGGAGAGCACAACUAUGCAGUCUCUUACACCUGAAGUCACUCAAAAGCCAUCAAAGGCGCCAGCUCUUGAAGUCUCAGUUGCUUCAUCAGCGCCAAAUGUUCCCAUGACAUCAUCUGCUAUAGCAAUAUCUUCUGCCCCAAGGGUUGCUUCCAUCCCCAACACAGCAUCGGUUCCAAUAUACUCAGUCACACUCAGCACAGCAACAGUGUUUGUGCCCAAGACUGCUCCAGCUCCUUACACAGCUCGAGCCCCUAUGACGGCCCCGGCUCCGGUCAUAGCAACAGCACCCAAAGUUGUCAUGUCAAUGCUUAGUUGGACUCUACCAAAGCCUGCUCCGAUCCCUAAGCGAGCUCAUUCUCCAGCAACCUCGUGGAUCGUGUCUUCUGCUUGA